AUGACCCCAAGUGCGAAUCAGCACACAGUUCUUCGUUCCCACUUCGUCUCACUUUCGGGCCAUGGUGACGAAUUUGAUAGUAUCUCCGAUCUCUGUGGUACUGUACGUUCUGGUGUCUUUCUGGAAGAAGCUGUUGUGCCAUACUUGCCUGUCCAUCCGGAAUCUACAGUACCACUCAACGCGUACUUGUAUGACUUCUACAAGCAUGGCGAUCUGAACGCCCUAGAGAAAGCAAACAAGAUCCGCAGGUCCGAUGUCUGGUUCCACCUGAACGACUUCUCUCUCGUCCGCGCAACGAUCAUAACAGCUUUGACUAACUUCAUGAAACCCUCCUCACCAUCCGAGGCAGACGCAACUGAUCUGAAAGGCAGUGGCGACGUGCAUGAAGAAUCAAAGGACGAUAACAUGACAAUCGGAAGCCACGAAAAUGCAGGACAGGAAGGCAAUGACUCAGCCUCAACAAACGUCUGGGCUCCAAUUGGAGUCUGGGAUGAUGAGGAUGAUGAGAUGGAGGGAUGGGAUGAUGUAGACAUGCGCCUACCAAAGGUACUAAAAGCGUUUUUGUGUUUGAAGGGGGCGUUUGAUGGUAAAUUCAAGCAGAUGUGGGCUUAG